UAUUUUGUUUCUAUAGAAUCUUUCCAGUAAUGAUGUUCCUCAAAAUGGCUUCUCCACUUGAUCUGGUCUUUCUGUUCAUGAUCUCAGGAGCUCUUGGGAAUGAAUGGAGUGUGACAUACAGCGAAACAAAUCUCUGUUCUUUAAAAGGAUCUACAGUGUUUAUGAACGUCACGUACACACACCCAACAGGUCUUACAGUGACGAACAGGUUUUGGUUAAUAAACCCAGUUAAGGGUAAAGAACCGACUGAUCUGUGUAAUGAAUCAGGUUACUCAGACAGAGUGGAGUAUUUAGGAGAUGAACAGAGACACUUCUCCCUCAGACUGAGUGACGUGAAGAAAUCAGAUGAACAGAAGUACUGGUUCAGAAUCAUAACAAAUGAAGCAAAAGAAAGAUACCAGGGUGAACCUGGAGUUACACUCAAUGUUACAGAUCUUCAGGUGAUCGCUCCUGCAGAAGUGACAGAGGGACAAUCAGUCGUUCUGAUCUGUAAAACCACCUGCAGUCUGACUGAUCCAACAUUCAUCUGGUACAAAAACAGACGUGAUUUAACCACAAACACCCCCAAGAGCAAUGAACUCCACCUGCAGCCGGUCAGCAGUGAGGAUGCAGGCAGUUAUAGCUGUGCUGUAAGAGGAUAUGAACAUCUCCCCUCUCCUGAUCAAACCAUCAGAGUCAGAUAUCCUCCAAAGAACGUCUCAGUGUCCAUCAGCUCCUCUGGUGAAAUAGUGGAGGGCAGUUCAGUGACUCUGACCUGCAGCAGUGAUGCUAACCCACCUGUGGAGAACUACACCUGGUUUAGGGGGACAACAUCAGUAGGAAAAGGAAAUACCUACACCAUCUCCAAGAUCAGAUCUGAGGACAGUGGAGAGUACAAGUGCAAGUGCAGUAAUGAAGUCGGACAUCAGGACUCCAUCAGUGUAACUCUGAAUGUUCUGUAUCCUCCAAAGAACGUCUCGGUGUCCAUCAGCUCCUCUGGUGAAAUAGUGGAGGGCAGUUCAGUGACUCUGACCUGCGGCAGUGAUGCUAACCCACCUGUGGAGAACUACACCUGGUUUAAGGGGACAACAUCAGUAUCAAAAGGAAAGACCUACACCAUCUCCAAGAUCAGAUCUGAGGACAGUGGAGAGUACAAGUGCAAGUGCAGUAAUGAAGUCGGACAUCAGGACUCCAUCAGUGUAACUCUGAAUGUUCUGUAUCAUCCAAAGAACAUCUUAAUGUCCAUCAGCUCCUCUGGUGAAAUAGUGGAGGACAGUUCAGUGACUCUGACCUGCAGCAGUGAUGCUAACCCACCUGUGGAGAACUACACCUGGUUUAAGGUGAAUGAAUCGUCACCUGUAGGAUCUGGACAGAGUUACGGAGCACUACAGAGUGGACAGUACUACUGCGAGGCUCAGAAUCAACACGGCUCUGAGAGAUCAGCUGCAGUGUCCGUCACUUUAAACAGGGUUCAGAGCUUAGGUGUGUACGCAGGUGUUGGGGCUGUUGUGUUUGUGUGUGUUUGUCUCAUCAUCACCUUCCUGUUUAUAAGAAGCAGGAGACAGAAGAAAAAGGCAGAUGAAGGUGACUCUCAGAACAUCGGGCCGAGCGCUAAAGACGACACGUACGCAGCUCUCGACCUCGCGGGCCGGACAUCUGAUGAUGUGUAUCACACACUUGCAAUUUCUCAUCCCAGGCCUCCUGCUGACACGCCCACUUCCUCUGACUAAAGAGCAGAACAUGAUGAAUGAAAUGAGUCCUGAAACAGCUGAUGAAUAGAGAGAGCUCCUCACUGAAGUGGAGAAACUGAAUCGCUCCUUUACACCAGCGACAUCAGCAUCUUACAGCCAUUUAAAGCAGCUUUAAUCAUUUUAUAGCAGUGUGUGAAGUACUUUUUCUCCUGCCAGCAGGUUAGGACUGUUCCAGUCAGCUGUAGAGUUUUCACUCAUUAGUUAUCGCUUCUUUAUUGUGAAUUUUGUAACUGAAUAAAGGGAUUGAAGCUCAACUGAAGUCCAGAAUGGAAAUAUAUUUAGCAGAGAAUGUGUAUUUAGUGAGAAAUAAAACUAAUUAUGAUGUAUUAACUUUCUCAGAACUGUACGCUGUAGGUCAGUGUUAUAGAUUUAAGCAGCUAAUGUGUCAGUGCUGAUUGAUCUAAAGUAAUUACUGCUGUAAACUCAUUUAAAGUGGUGAAGUGAUGUUUUAUUUACUGUUGACGGUGUGAGCGGCCAUGUUGGUCUGAUGUCAUGUACUGAACUCGGGGUUGAGGAGACCUUCCUGACUUUCUGAGUAGGAAUUCUGAGUUGAGGGGCCAUUUUCUUUGUUUUGUUUUUUUUGUUGUUUUUUUUGUUGUUUUUUUUGUUUGCUUGUUUUUUGUGAGUUAUGAGCUUUAUUCAAACACAGCAUGAGGUCCUGAUUGUCAGCCAGUGAUCCUGGAAUAGACUCCUGAUUCACUGUGACUCUGACCAGGAUAAAGCUCUUGUAUAUAUCGCAGUAGAGCCACUUUAACUAGCCAAAGCUGUUCAUAUACAUCCUUGUUUCAUUUUGUCUCACUCCAAAUAAACAGAUAAAACAUAUUAUUCCACUUUUUAUGUGAACUGUUCAUGUCGCUGUUCACGUCAAAUGUCAUAACAGUACUGUUACUUCCCAAAAUAAUCUA